GCCAUGGCGGCGGCGGGCCCGGGGGGGAAGCGGCCCGCGGCACUCGCCCUGCUCGGGCCGGCGCCCGGCGCGCCCUGCUGCCCUCACGGUCCUGCACUUCUGUUUGUGAAGACCAGCCAAGGAACAGAGGAAGGAAGAAGAUUCUAUGCUUGUUCGGCUUGUAGGGAUAGAAAGGACUGUAACUUUUUCCAGUGGGAAGAUGAGAAGGUGUCAGAAAUGAGGCUUGCAGCACGUGAAGAAUACAAUAGAAGUCAUCAGCCUUUUUUUACACACAGACAGAACGUGGACAGGUACAAGAAUUUUGUUCUGUUGCCGUUAUCAAAGAGGAGGUUUUGCCAGGAAUGCCAGCAAUUGCUAUUGCCAGCAGAAUGGGAAAAACACUCAAAUCACCAGUUCCUGUGUGAUAUCACCACUGCCCAGCUGAAAAGUCCAAGUCAACUUCUGUAUCCACUGGAGAAUAAAAAAACAAAUGCACAGUAUUUAUUUGCAGACAGAAGUUGCCAGUUCCUACUGAAUCUCCUUACAGGAUUAGGAUUCAGACGAGUGCUCUCUGUUGGAACACCCAGGCUUCAUGAAAUGAUCCAGUCAAAAGCAUCACAAGAAGAAUUCAAUGUUAGAAGCCUUCUGCUAGAUAUUGAUUUCAGGUAUUCACAAUUUUAUACAGAGGAUGAAUUUUGCCACUACAACAUGUUCAAUCAUCAUUUUUUUGGCGGAGAGGCUGCACGUGAAACUUGCAGGAAAUUCUUGUGUGAAGAGAAUGGUGAAAGAAUCAUUAUGGUAACCGAUCCCCCAUUUGGAGGUUUAGUGGAAGCACUGGCUUCUAGUUUUAAAAAACUGAUGGCAAUGUGGAGGGAGACAGAAAAAGAAGGUCAUGACAACAGAGAGAUGCCCAUGUUUUGGAUAUUUCCAUACUUCUUUGAGUCUCGCAUUCUUGACUUUUUCCCAAGCUUCAGUAUGAUGGAUUACCAGGUAGACUAUGAUAAUCACGCACUUUAUAAACAUGGCAAGACAGGUCGUAAACAGUCUCCUGUCCGUAUUUUCACGAACCUUACCCCAAGUAUGAUUGUGCUUCCUGAAGAAGAGGGAUAUAGAUUUUGCACUGUAUGUCAGCGAUAUGUUAGUUCUGGUAACCAGCACUGUGAGAUAUGCAAUUCAUGUACAUCAAAAGAUGGCAGACAAUGGAAACAUUGUGUUCUUUGCAACAAAUGCGUAAAGCCCUCUUGGUUUCACUGUGACAAUUGCAAGUGCUGCACUCUUCAGAAGCACAGCUGUGAGAAGAGUGACAGUGGCUGUUUCAUUUGUGGCAAGGCAGGUCACAAGCGCAGUGCCUGUCCCAGUCUGUCCCACGGCAGAGCAGCUUGUCAAUCUGACAAAAAGAAAGGGCAGAAAACUCGAAAGAGAAUAAAAAUGUUGAUCUGUAAAAGAUUAGCUAUGAAACAUGCCAUAUUCUCCAAGAGGAAAGUAAAGAAUAAGAAAAAAAAGACAUGACUUUUCUUGCUGCUACAUAGUUGCUAAUUUAUUUUUUUUAUUGUCAGCCUUUUGUUCCAUUUUCUAAAAAUGUAAGUGCUAACAUCCAGAAUAAAACCUGAUUGAAUUAAGUGACA